AUGAAAAGGGCUAUUGAGGAAGAAAAUUCUUCGUCGUCUGAUAGCAGUGAUGAUGAUUUGGUUGGGCCUUCAUUGAACGAUAUACCGUCUAAGUUUGAAAAAUCGCAACCAGUAAAGAAACAAAAGAAAAAAACGAUAAUUGAUGAAUCAAAACUUAUAGAAAAUAUACAAUUCAACGAAGAGUAUGGUGAUUCAUAUACGCAAGAAGCCAAUAUAAGUUGUGUUGCUUUAAAUCCUAUUGAUGCUUCAAUCUUAAUUGCAGGUUUAAAAAAUGGUGCUGUGAAAUUUUGGCGCAAGAGGACAACUACAGGUGAUGGUAAAAAUAAAGAUAAUAAAGAUAAAGAGACUGAUACUGGACAACUUGAAUUUAUCAAGCAAUUCUUGGCCCAUCCUCAGAAGGAAGUUUCUCAAUUAAUUAUUGAUAUCGAUGGCGCAAGAUUGGCCAGUAUUGCAAAAAAUGAUUCCAAUGUUAAAAUCUUCGAUUUGGUAACGUUAGACAUGAUACAAGUCCUUAAUUUAAAUUUUACACCAAGCACAAAGUCAAAUUACGUUAGUUGCUGGUACAAGUCUAGGAACACAAAUCAUCUAGUAAUAAGUGAACAGGGUAAUAAUAGAAUUCAUAUUUUAAAUCCCGAUGAUGACGACUUCGAAAUAAUUAAGACCAUUCAUAGAAACCCGUUGAACGUCAUAAAUUAUAAUCCUAAGUACCAAUGUAUUAUAUCUGCUGAUAUCAAGGGCAUAAUUGAAUAUUGGACACCGCAAGAGGAGAAUACACCAAAAUCUGUACAAUUUAAAUAUAAAUCGGAGACUGACUUACUUGAGUUUGCUAAGAAUAAGUCGUCUCCGUCAUGUAUAAGUUUUUCUCCUGACUUUGAAACGUUUGCAACUAUUUCAUAUCCCGAUAACUGCAUACGAUUAUUCGAUUUCAAGUCUGGAAAGUUAUUAAAAUCGUAUGAUGAAUCUCUCAAGGCAUAUGAAAAGGAUGAAACAAAUAUUCAGCUAAAACUUAUCAAUUCAGAAAGAAAGUUAUACAUAGAUGAUCCAGAAGAUAUACUUAAACAAAGAAAUAUUAUUUUUGACGAAAGUGGAAAGUUUUUACUUUUUGGAACCUUACUAGGUAUUAAAAUCUUGAGCUUGCAAACUAAUAAGGUGAUUAGGGUUCUUGGUACUUCUGAUCAAUUACAGCUUAAUUUAAGGUUUCAUCGACUAGUAUUGUCUAACAAAUCCUCAAUUAGAAAUUUCAGUAUGGAAAUGUUAUCUUCUAACAAUUCGAUCCUUAAUUCUAGUUUGAAUAAGGUUCCAAUUUUAAUAUCUUCAGCUGUUAACUCAGAUAAACUUUAUUUGUUUAAUACUCUGCAGACAUCACGCCAUAAUGAUAUUGAUUUGACUGUCAAAGUCAAAGGUAAAAAACAAAAAUCUGUCGCUGUGAAUAAAUCGUCAAAAAUAAUAUUGCAUACUACUUUAGGAGAUAUCAAACUAAAAUUAUUUAACGAGUUAGUUCCUAAUACGGCCGAAAACUUUAUCAAGCUUUGUGAGAAGGGUUACUACAAUUCCACUAUUUUUCAUCGUGUAAUCAAGAAUUUCAUGAUUCAGGCUGGUGACCCAUUAGGCAAUGGAACCGGUGGAGAAUCAUAUUGGGGUGGAUACAUUAAGGAUGAAUUCAAUUCAUUAUUAAGACAUUCUAAACCGUUCAUAGUGAGUAUGGCCAACUCGGGGCCAAAUACAAACGGGUCUCAAUUUUUCAUAACCACUGAAAAGGCCCCAUGGCUCGACAAUAAACAUACAAUUUUUGGCGAGGUCACGGACGGUUUUGAGGCUGUUAAAUCAAUUGAAGAUAUAGAAACAGACUCCGAUGACAAACCUUUGGAUCAAGUUAUUUUACUCUCUACUAGCUUAGAAGAUUAA